GAAGUCACCAAACCCUAAACGGCGGGAAAAGUACAGCAUUCUUGGCGGGAAACAAUCUAAUUCCAAACCCAUUCUCAAAUCUCUCGUAUUUAACAUUUUGUUGCCAGUCUCUAGUUAUGCGUUUCUUUCUCUCACGAUCUCUGGUCCAUUCCCUUUUCUGGAUUAACUGAUGUUCUCCGGCAGCCAGCUCGACGCCACUGCCGCCUUCUCAGGCGGUGGAUUCAUGACAACCGAGUCUACCCAGCUCAACGAUUCAUCCCCAUUACCGGCCAAAAGCCGGGACACGCAGGGUUUAGUUCCAGUAACAGUGAAGCAGAUAAGCGAAGCGUCGCACUCUGGAGAUGAAAAGUCGAAUUUCCUAAUCAACGGCGUGGAUGUUACCAAUGUAACCUUGGUUGGUAUGGUGUUUGAGAAAGUUGACAGAAACACUGACGUUAGUUUUGUUCUGGAUGAUGGAACAGGGCGGAUCACGUGUAGAAGAUGGGUGAAUGAGCCUUUUGACUCCAAGGAAAUGGAAGAAAUACGAGAUGGUAUGUAUGUUCGUGUAUAUGGGCAUUUGAAAAGCUUUCAAGGUGUAAAACAGGUUGUUGCUUUCUCAAUCAGGCCGGUGAUGAGUUUUGAUGAGAUUUCUUUUCACUUUAUCGAUUGCAUACAUAAUCAUCUUCACUCAAAAGUAAAGGUUGAAGGAGUUACUCCUGCACGCCCUUCAUCUUUAACCACAUCUCAUGUAUCAAAUGGACAUCAGGCACCAUCAUCUAAUCCAUUAUAUGCACAAUAUAGCGUGGAUGGGCUCAAGGACUGUGAUAAAUUGGUCCUUGAUUAUCUGAAUCAGCAUUCAGACAUGUCUGAUGAAAGGGGAAUACAUGUUGAUGAGCUUUCUCGAGAACUUAAACUUCCAUUGGACAAGAUCAUGUUGUCUCUGAAAACACUUGGCGACGAUGGAUUAGUAUACUCCACCAUUGACGACAAUCAUUACAAGCAAGCUUGAUGUAUUUAACCGCCUGGAUACUAUGACCUACAUUAUUGAUUGUCUUUUUUCGUUGGGGUGAAGAGGAAGUAGAUAAGUUUCUGGAUGGAUUAAAUUAAUGGAAGAUUGAACUGAACGAGCUAUGUUUGUUCAUGGACUGUAAUCUUUAGGGUUGCAGAAGAUUUUAGCUUAUUUCUCUUGGCUACUUUUGGUAGUAUAUAAUGGCACAAGAAUUGAUUUCUUCAA